UCUCUUUUCCCUCCAGGUACACUUGGCUCGUCUCCCCUGGCGCGUCAGAGCACGUGGAGGCUCCCGCUCGCUUCGUGAAGCAGCUCGGCCGCGACGGAGGGGUAGGGGGGGGGGAUUAGCGGAGGAGUGGUUGCGUCUCCCGAAAUCGACGGAGGAAAAGCAGGGCGGCUGAAAGGCCUCGUCAGAAGGGAGUUGGGCUGUGACCUUGUGACGUGUGACGAAGAAAUCAUCUGGAGAGUCAGAUUUUAAAUAGCACAACGCCAGAAGUAGCCGAGGUUGACAAUGAAUUUCCUUGCCGACUGGAUACCCUUAGCUCCACUCAAGGAUGAGGAAAUAUAUGGCACAGGAAUCACUAUUAAAGAAGAGCUCAACGAAGAUGUCACCAAAGAGACAUAUCUAGAUAUUAAGGAAGACCCUUUUGAUUAUACAGAUGAAGGAAGGGACGAAGGUAGCAAAGUGAAAGUGGAUCUUCAAGAGCUCAGGCAUGAAGCAAAUGAAAAUGACUUGUGUAUUUUGAUUCAGGAUUCCACUGACGUUGACGACAUAUGUUAUAAGAAAGUCCAUCCUAUUAAUUUCAAUGACAAGUCAUACAGGUAUCAAAUUUGCAACAAGACCUUCACUUGCGGUAUAUCAAGGCACAUGAAAUCACAUACAAAAAAGAAGCCAUACAAAUGUAAAAAUUGCAAUAAGACCUUCCCAGGUAACAGACAUCUAAUGGAUCACAUAAGAGUACAUACAGAAGAGAAGCCAUACAAUAGUAAGAUUUGCAUUAAAACCAACCGAACUAAAACUGUUCAAUCACAUAAGAAUACAUACAAAAUAGAGGCCAUAUAGCUGUGAAAUUUGCAAUAAGGCCUUCUCUGAAAAGGAAAUCUAGGAAGGCACAUGACAGCACACACAAAGAAGCCAUACAGCUGUGAGAUUUGCAAUAAGGCCUUCUCAACUAAUAGUGGUCGGGUAAGGCACAUGGGUGUACAUACGAAAUACAUUUGUAAUAAGAAAUUCUCACACAAAGGAUAUAUCGGAGGCCAUAAGGAAGUACAUGCAAACGAGAAGCCAUAGAGCUAUGAGAUUUGCAAUAAGGAGUUAUCAUCCAAAAGCAAUCUAGCAAUGCACCUUAGAGGACAUAUAAACUGAAAAUCCACACAGCUGUAAGAUCACAUAAUCACAUAAGAAAACAUACAAAGAAGAAACCUUUGAUAUCUGCAAUUGGCCUUCGAGAAAGGUAGUGACGUAAAACACACGAUAGUACAAAGCAGAAGUAAUACAACUAUUAUAUUUGCCUUAUCACCCAAACGUAAUCUAACAAUGCACAUUAGAAGACAUACAAAUGAGAAGCCAUUUAGCUGUGAAGUUUGUCAUAAGGUCUUCUCAUCAAACACAUCAGGCAAAACACAAGCGAGUACAAGCCAAGUAGAAUCUUUUGCAAUAAGGCUGAAACUGAUCUGGUAAAGCACUUACAAUUACAUGAAAAUGAGAAGCUGUACAGUUGUGAGAUUUACAACAACACUUCACAUAAAAAUGUAUCCUAGCACAACAAAUACCUAGGAGAAGUGAUACAGCCAAGGGAAUUUAUCUA